GAUUACUCCAGUGUGUCCAAGCACACUUGGCUGAAGUCAUUAUCCGGCUGUGUUAUUUCACUCGAUCUCCCCACAGAAACAACUAGAAUCUGGGAUUCUGAAGUCUGUUUUUACUCUCUGUUUUUGGAUUUCCAGUACAGGUUCUAAAAAGGAUCUGGCCACAGCAAGCUUUCGUCCGGACAAACAGGCACCAUGAAGCCGGGGCAGCGUCUCUCCGUUUGUGUCCUGCUGGUACUUUGUGUGACAUGGAGCGUAAAUGGAGGGAACAUUUUGGUGUGGUACACUGACGGCAGCCACUGGAUUAACAUGAAGCCUGUGCUGGAGACGCUGAUCGACAGGGGACACCGGGUAACGGUUCUGGUCCCGAGCACGUCGUUGUACAUGAAAACCAGUGAGCCUUCUCGCUUUGGCUACGAACCCUUCAACGUCUCUGUCUCAAUGGAGACCAUGGAGGAGUUCCAAAAAGACUUCUUUCAUUUCUCCAUGUAUGAGAUGGAUCACAUGAGCUACUUGCAGAUUUACAUCAAAUUUAUGGAUAUAAUGAAAACCAACCAGCAGCAUGGUUUGAAAUAUUUGGACGGCGUGCUGAAAUCGGAAUCCAUCAUGAAGAAGCUGAAAGAGGGAUAUUAUGAACUUCUCCUGGCUGACCCCGUCUUCCCCGGCAGUGACUUAGUAGCAGAGAUUUUGGGCAUCCCCCUGGUCUUCUCCCUGCGCUUCUCCCUAGCCAGUCAUUGGGAGAGAUAUUGUGGUCAGCUACCCGCUCCUCCUUCCUUUGUCCCCGGCGCUAUGAGCAAACUGACUGACAAAAUGGACUUCUCUGAGAGACUGUGGAACCUCCUCUUCUACGCACUGCAGGAUGUUGUGCUGAAUCACAUUUUUUGGAAAGACCUCGAUAAAUAUUACACUGAAGUCAAAGAUGGCAGCCACUGGAUUAACAUGAAGCCUGUGCUGGAUACGCUGAUCGACAGGGGACACCGGGUAACGGUUCUGGUCCCGAGCACAUCGAUGUUCAUGAAAACCAGUGAGCCUUCUCGCUUUGGCUAUGAACCCUUCAACGUCUCUGUCUCAAUGGAGAACAUGGAGGAGUUUUUUGAGGAGUUCCUUCACUUCUCCAUGUAUGAGAUGGAUCACAUGAGCUAUUUGCAGAUUUACAUCAGAUACAUAGAUCUGAUGAAAGUCGACCUGCAGUAUUCUUUGAAAUAUUUGGACGGCGUGCUGAAAUCAGAAUCCAUCAUGAAGAAGCUGAAGGCAGGAAAAUAUGACCUUCUCCUGGCUGACCCCAUCUACCCCGGCAGUGACUUAGUAGCAGAGAUUUUGGGCAUCCCGCUGGUCUUCUCCCUGCGCUUCUCCCUAGCCCAUAACUGGGAGAGACAUUGUGGUCAGCUACCCGCUCCUCCUUCCUUUGUCCCCGGGGCUAUGAGCAAACUGACUGACCAGAUGGACUUCUCUGAGAGGGUGUGGAACUUCCUCUUCUACGCACUGCAGGACGUCGUGAUUGAUCACGUUUCUUGGAAAGGACUCGAUAAAUAUUACUCUGAAGUCAAAGGAACACCCACCAGUGCCUGCGAGAUGAUGGGUAGAGCAGAUAUCUGGUUGAUGCGAACCUAUUGGGAUUUUGAUUUCCCUCGUCCUUUCCUUCCCAACUUCAAAUUUGUUGGUGGGAUCCACUGCAGACCUGCUAAACCUUUACCAGAGGAUAUGGAGGAAUUUGUGCAGAGUUCUGGAGACGACGGUAUUGUGGUCUUCACUUUGGGAUCAUUCAUCAAGAAUAUUACUACAGAGAGGGGAAACAUGAUAGCCUCAGCCCUCGCUCAGAUCCCACAAAAGGUGCUGUGGAGAUACAGUGGAGAAAAACCAGCGACUCUGGGUGCCAACACCAGAAUAUACGACUGGAUCCCUCAGAACGACCUACUGGGUCACCCCAAGACCAGAGCUUUCAUCACCCAUGGUGGCACAAAUGGGAUCUAUGAGGCCAUCUACCACGGUGUUCCCAUGGUGGGCCUCCCCAUGUUCGCUGAUCAGCCAGACAACAUGGUCCAUAUGAAAGCUAAGGGCGCUGCAAUUAUCGCGGACUUGAACUUCAUGAAGACUGAAGACCUCAGAGACGCAUUCAAUACUGUCAUCAAUGACAAAUCGUACAAAGAGAACGUCAUGUGGCUGUCUAGUAUCCACCAUGACAGACCAAUGAGUCCCCUGGAUGAGGCGGUAUUCUGGAUCGAGUACACCAUGAGAAACAAAGGGGCCAAGCACCUGAGGGUCCAAGCCCAUGAGCUCACCUGGUACCAGUAUCACAGCCUGGAUGUCCUGGCCUUCCUCCUCGCCAUCGUUCUGCUCCUAGUACUCCUCUUCAUCAAGACCUGCAGUUUCUGCUUCCGAAGGUGCUGUGGCAGCAAGGGAAAGAAAAAGAGAAAGGCUGAGUAACUGACUGAAAUGUAGCUGGUAAAAACUGAUGAAAAAACAACCUGGUUGUCUUGCUGGUCUAAAUCAUGUAAUGUAAACACAAUGCCCUGGAUAAAACAUUUAAAAGAUAAAAAAAGAAAAUCUGAUUCCAGUGUCCAGUAUUCUUGUGAAACUCCAAACAAUAUUUCAUGUGUUGUAUUAUUUGUUUAUUUUUUACCAUAAACUCAGGUUUGGUCAGCCUAGCCUAAAAGACUGAAGUAAAAACAUUGUUAGCCUCUACAUGGAGAAAUAUCAUCAUAUAAAGUAUCAUCAUCCAAAACAUGCACUCAUUCUUCCAUUUUGCUCCUUUUUGUAUCACCAGUAAUUACACCAGUUGCAGACAGGUGUGCUCUAAUUUGCAUAACUGCACCUGAGGCCAAUUGGACAUUAAUUGCUGAAUGUUCAUUGGCUGGUUUAGGUUUAUAAAAAAAAAAAAACACACACACACAGAUUUCAUUAUGUGCCUUUAUUUGGAUAAUAUGGAUGAUAACCCACCCCUUCAGGUUUUCACAAAUAUUUAAACAGGCAUGGACACAUGGGCUUUAAAUCAAAAUUUAACAUGCAGGAAAUAUUGUAUUAACAUAAAUUAAGUAAUCACACAAAAAAAAUAAACAGCCCUCCCA